CGGAGCUUGAACGACAUCGCGAACGUCGAGCGUGGUUACGCCACGAGAGCGGCAAAGAGUCUCCGUAUCCUCAAAGUUGCGCGCUGCGCAUACAUUUAACCAUCCUUUCUCGACAGCGCAGACCUCCGAUAAACCAGUUCGCCGUGCAAAAUGGGCAAGAAAAGAAAAGCGAACGGUCGCCCGUUCGGCGACUCCAAAGCCCCAAAGGGAGAAGAAGAAGAGAAUACCAAGAUGCGCGUCACCACUUUCGAAGAUGUGGCGGACUCGGAGGACGAGUUCCAUAUACAGCGGGAUAAGGUGCUGCUGGAGGAAGGGCCGGCGGCGAAGAGGUUGAGGAAGUGGAAGGAGCAGGAUGAGUUUUUGCAGUCGUCGGAUGAGGAGGUUCUCGAGGUGGAGGAUGGGACGGAGGAUGAGGAGGAGGAAGAGUAUGGUGAUGAGGAUGUGGAAGGCCCGUCAGGAGACGAAGACGACGACGACUUCGGCCUUGUAAAGAAGAAUGAGGAUGAAGAUGAGGAAGGAUGGGGUCCGUCGAAGAAAGAUUACUACAAUGCCGACGCCAUCCAGACGGAGCAGGACGCGCUCGACGAAGAAGCAGAAGCGCGGCGCAUACAGCAGAAACAAUUACAAGCGAUGACGGAGGCGGACUUUGGGUUCGACGAGAACGAAUGGCUGGGCCAAACAGAGAACGAGAAGGGCCCUGCAACAAAAGUAGUCACAGAAGUGCUGCCCCAGCUGCAGAUCACGGAUAGCAUGAGCGAGAAGGAGAAGCUGAAGAUUCUGCAUUCGAGAUACCCCGAGUUUGAACCUAUCCGUCAAGACUAUCUCGAGCUGCAGCCACUGCAUGCCCAGCUGAAGGCCGCCGCCGAAGCCGCCGAGCGCGUUGCAAAGGGAAGACAAGGCAAGGAGAAUGGAGCUCUGCGGCCCAAACCUACGGCCGUGUUGAAGUACUGGGCGUGUGCAUCGUACCUGGGUGCGAUGUGCAUGUACUUUGCGAUUCUCACAUCCACGGCAAAGGACGACGGCUCCGCCGGUAUUGCGCUCGACCCAGAGGAACUCCAUCGACAUCCCGUCAUGGCGACCCUGCUCAAAUGCCAAACGCUGUGGAAGCGCGUCGAGAGCCUGCCCAUCGACGACCCCAUGGUAGAAGCCGCCGAAGCCGACGAAGUCUCCGCCAUCGAGGAACCGAGCCCCGAGCCAGACAAGAAAGCAGACCAACAAGCCAAGCUCCAAGAAGCCAUCGCCCGCAAGCGCGAAGAAAAGAAGCAAAAGAAGAAAAGCAAAGCGCAAGCCAUCCAGGAAGCCGCACAAGCCGAAUCCGCCGCCCGCCGCGCGGAGAAACUGCGCCAAACAGAGCAGGAAUUGGGCCAACUCGCCAGCCUCACCGACAAGGCGGCUCUCCGGAAAGCCGGUGUCAAGCAGAAGAAGGUGGUUCCGCAGCAACCGCUGCUCAACCUGCUCAACGCCGAUGACUCCGACUUUGGCGAGGAGACGACGCUUACGGCGCACGAGCUUGCGGAGAAGGCGAGGAAGAAGAGGUCGCUCCGCUUCUAUACGUCGCAGAUUACGCAGAAGGCGAGUAAGCGCGGGGCAGCAGGGAAGGACCAGGGAGGUGAUGCGGAUAUCCCGCAUCGGGAACGUCUCAAGGAUCGCCAGGCGAGACUGCAAGCAGAGGCAGAGAAGAGGGGCCAGAACAAGGACAAGGGUCCUGGUGUGCCGCUGGGUGAAGGGGACGACAGCUCCGACGAUGGCGACGCCCGUGCCCAGCAGAAUGGUGCCAACGGCGGCGACGACGACGAUGACUACUACGACAUGGUCGCCGCUCGCAGCGCGGCCAAGAAGGCCGAGAAAGCUGAACGCGCCGCCGCCUAUGUUCUCGCGGCCAAGCAGAACGCGGUUGUGGUGCCUGAGGAAGUCAUUGGCGAGGACGGCAAGAGGAAGAUCACGUAUGCGAUUGCGAAGAACAAGGGCCUGACGCCGCAUCGGAAGAAGGAAGUGCGGAACCCCAGGGUGAAGAAGAAGCUCAAGUUUGAGGCCAAGAAGAAGAAGUUGAAGAGCAUGAAGCCGGUGUAUGGGGGCGGGGAGGGGAGAGGCGGGUACCAGGGCGAGUUGACGGGUAUCAAGACGGGGUUGGUAAGGAGUACGAAGUUGUAA